CUCGUCUGCCUGAUGCCGCUCUGUCUCGCGCUGGUUUUGGGACGCGGGCGGCCCGGGACCGCCGAGGAAGUCAUUCUCCUGGAUUCCAAAGCCUCCCAGGCUGAGCUGGGCUGGAUUGCACUGCCAAGUAAUGGGUGGGAGGAGAUCAGUGGCGUGGAUGAACACGACCGGCCCAUCCGCACGUACCAAGUGUGCAACGUGCUGGAGCCCAACCAGGACAACUGGCUGCAGACAGGGUGGAUCAGCCGUGGACGUGGGCAGCGCAUCUUCCUGGAGCUGCAGUUCACACUCCGCGACUGUAGCAGCAUCCCUGGCGCCGCAGGCACCUGCAAGGAGACCUUCAACGUGUACUACCUGGAAACGGAGGCUGACCUAGGCCGUGGGCGUCUCCGCCUGGGAGGUAACCGACCCCGCAAGAUUGACACAAUAGCAGCAGACGAGAGCUUCACGCAGGGCGACCUGGGUGAACGCAAGAUGAAGCUGAACACAGAGGUGCGUGAGAUCGGCCCGCUCAGCCGGCGGGGUUUCCACCUGGCCUUCCAGGACGUGGGCGCGUGCGUGGCGCUGGUCUCUGUGCGUGUCUACUACAAGCAGUGCCGCGCCACGGUGCGGGGCCUGGCGGUGUUCCCAGCCACUGCGGCCGAGAGCGCCUUCUCCACACUGGUGGAAGUGACCGGGACGUGCGUGGCGCACUCGGAAGGGGACCCUGGCAGCCCUCCGCGCAUGCACUGCGGUGCUGAUGGCGAGUGGCUGGUGCCCGUGGGCCGCUGCAGCUGCAGUGCGGGAUUCCAAGAGCGUGGUGACGUCUGCGAAGGUAUCUGGCGGACUGGGUGGUGCGAGGUGGGAGCAUAGUGUGCAGGUGGCAAUUGGGAGACGCAAGACGGAGAGGAACGGAGAAGACGUGGGCUUCUGGGAGCUGGGGGUCGUGGUCUCUUGCGAAACUUCUAGUGGACCCAGUUUGUGAAGUUACCAACUUCUCCAUGACGAGGCUUUAGGGAUCUGUAUUUCAGGGUCUGCAAUAGGCAGCUCACACAGGCCUUUUCAUUUAUCUCCUUAUUUCACAGAUAGGAAACAGCCUCAAAGAGAUCAAUACUUCACUUGCAAAGUUAGGAGAUGGGGAGUCAGGAUUUUAAUGCAGCUGUGCUCAGCUUUCAGGCUCUACCAUGCCAGGCCACCUUUUCCUACACAUAGUUUUGGGCUAGCAUUAUAGGGAGUGAGCUCUGUGUCACAUGCAGCUGCUGACCACACACUGUACAAGUCAGAGGGUGGGGGGGCAUUCUUGAGUUCAAGGGAAAAUAGGAGGUUGCACCAGAUAACUACUAUGACCCCACUCAACAGUGUGUGUUGGAAUCAUUGUGUCCUGCAGGGGUGUCCUCCAUGGUGGGUUUCUGACAGGCUCUUUCUUCAGUUGAGGACAUUAGGAACAGAUUUCUCCGGUCCACUGUCUGCAGCUUUGGAAGCAGAGCCUAAGGACGGAGUUGUGAAUAUAUGCCUUUAAUGUAGAAGGGUCAAGAAAUAUGUAGACCAGGUCCUUUUUUUGUGGCCAAGACAAGGGAAAUGAAUCAGACAUAGUCCCAGCUCUUGAGAUGCUCAACACAUAGAAGAAAGGCAAAGAUUUUUAAAAAGUCACACAGGGGUGACACAUAGUAUAACACAGGGAUACAGAGUGGUGGGAAGGCAGAGGAGGAAGAGACUAAACUUACUGUCGUGCCUGUGUUCAGUCAUCUACUCAGUAGAAGUUGAGAACCUACCAGCUGCAUUUUGUGUGUAGAUAGAUGAACACCACCAUCUAUCUCAGGGGAAAUGGAUUUAGUAAUCAACUCAGAGGCAAGAGUCUUCCUGAGCUCUUCAGGAUCUUGUUCUGUGCUCUACAUCUCUCACUUCAACCUCUAUUUCUAUAGUUACACCCGUGGUAUACGGUGGUCUACUUACGUGAAUUUCUCCUACUAGACUAGAAACUUCUUGAGCCCAGACCCUGGGUGUUAUUAGUCUCAGCAGCUCUAGCGUCCAUAGCAGGAUAUAAUAUAGGUAGGAGAGGGGCUAAGUGGGAAGGCACUGAGCGAAGAAGUGGAUGCCAUAGAUUUCAUUACAUAUCAUUGGAGAACCAAAGACACAUGGAGAGGGAGGACCCAAUUCUAAGGAUGAAGAGUUUCCCAGAGAAAGCAAGAAGGCCUUUAUUUCCGGCAGCUGAGAGCAUUCUGAGCUUAGGGACUGUGUGCAAAUGCACGGUAGCAGGAAGGUAGCAUGGUUGGUGCUAAGUAAGCCAGUGAAGUCAGAGCAGAGGGCAUGUAAGGGGUGUGAGAACUGAUGAGCCAGAGAGGCCAGGGCAAAUCAUGAAGGGACCACGAAUGUUGGGAAAAGGAGCUCAAGCUUUAUACUUUAUACCAGUGAGUAAUCUAACAUGUUCAGAUUUACAUUUUCAAAAGAUCACUAGAGCUACAGUAGCAAAGAAAGGAGUGGAAAGGAAGGAUUAGAGGCCAGAAGAUGAGGAAGAAAGAUAGUGCAGUAGUCCAGAAGAAAAAGCAUGGGCUCUUGGACUAAGGUGGUAGCAGAGAUCCUUGAGAGCUGAGGAUUGGUGUGAUCAGGGGAUAGCAUCCGAAGCAUUUAGUGACCACGUGAUACAAGAGACAGGAGCCCCUUUGACUCCUAUGCUGCUGGGAAACAAAUGGACAGAGGGAUCAACCACAGGGUGCUGAACACAGAGGCUGUGGAUUGGCUGGUGCAAGGAGGGGAGGUAGCUAGAAAGUGGGGCUACAGCUCAAAACUCAAAUACUAUUCAAAGCUGUGGGUGUGGCCAAGGUAAAUUAGGGGACUCCUGGGGUAAGAAGCAAGAGGGCCAAUACGGCAGACGCAGAGGAGCAAUAUUUCAGGAGAAGUGGCAAAAACCAGAGCGUAUUAGAAAGACUAAGGAGUAGUGAGAAGCUGGGGGGUAGCCAGGAGCAGGUCUGUGGAAUCCCAGGAAGAUGGUGGCAUCUGGAAGGAGCAGCCUACAGUGUGGAUGAGCAGACAGGUAAGUCAGGGAUCAGACAACGUCCACUUGGUGGCCUUGGUGAGAGCAGUUUUGGUUGAGUGGAGAGGCCAUUUUACAGUAGGCUGAGAGUGAAGGACACAGAUGAGUUGGAGUCAGGGAAUCUAGGAGCUUGGACUUGAAUAGGGAGGAGAAGAGGUGGCAUCUUCAGGAGGUCAUCAGGGGAGGAGGGAAGGGGUAGAGAGAGAGGAAGUGAGAGAGGGCUGUCAUUUGAAUACAGACAGAGGACUUGUUUGUAUGCUGAAGGGAAAGAGCCAGUGGGGUACCAAGUGUGUGGGAGGCGGGAGUGGUCAGCUCCAGGGGAAGGAGUCUUUCAUCACUGAUCCAUGUCAGAAGUACUGAUGCAUAUUGCUAACAAAAAAGUAGGCCAACUUUUAGCAUUUACUUAAUUGACUGAUUACAGUACUGGGGAUUGGAUGCAUUGAGCUAUAUCCCAGGGCUUUUAAAAA